AUGGGGCAUUGCUCCGAGCAGCGGACGGGGUUCGAGGUGACCAAGGACUGGAACGGCGCCGACCAGGUCGCGAUCCGGUCCCCGCGGGGGGCUUCCGUCCGGGUCUGCCUGCACGGCGGGCAGGUCGUCUCGUGGAGGAACCACCGCGGCGAGGAGCUCCUCUUCAGCAGCAGCAAGGCAUUCUUCAAGCCGCCAAAAGCGACACGUGGUGGCAUUCCAAUAUGCUUCCCACAGUUUGGAAACUGUGGAACAUUGGAGCAGCAUGGAUUUGCAAGGAACAAGAUAUGGACAAUAGAUGAUGAGGCUCCACCACUAAAUUAUGGUGAUAACAACAACAACAAAGCUUCUGUUGACUUUCUGCUAAAGCCAUCUGAAGAUGACCUGAAGUGUUGGCCACACUGUUUUGAGUUACGUCUCAGAGUUUCUCUUUCAAUGGAUGGAGACCUUUCACUGAUAUCACGGGUCAGGAAUGUUAAUGGGAAGCCAUUCAGUUUUGCAUUUGCUUAUCAUACACACCUUUCUGUUUCUGACAUCAGUGAAGUGAGGAUAGAAGGUCUGGAGACCCUUGAUUAUCUUGACAACCUUAGCCAGCGGGAACGUUUUACCGAACAGGGAGAUGCUAUAACAUUUGAAUCAGAGGUUGAUCGAGUCUAUGUUGGCUGCCCAGGCGUAAUAGCUGUUCUUGACCAUGAAAAGAAACGCACGUUCAUCGUCCGAAAAGAAGGCCUCCCUGAUAUCGUUGUGUGGAACCCCUGGGAAAAGAAGUCCAAGACGAUGACAGACUUUGGCGACGACGAGUACAAGCAGAUGCUGUGCGUGGAUGCGGCCGCUGUCGAGAGGGCCAUCACGCUGAAGCCCGGCGAGGAAUGGACGGGGAAGCUGGAGCUCUCCGCCGUGGCGUCGACCAACUGCAGCGACCACCUGGAUCACCCGGGCAGGCUGCUGUAG